AUGCACUACACGAUGGCUGUGAUUUGCGAGGUGCAGCGUAUCAUCAACAUCCUGCCGUGGCACAUACCACACGCAGCUACAUCCAACACCAUUCUUCGAGGCCAUAACAUCCAGAAGGGGACUGUGAUAAUGCCGCAGAUUGGUGCCAUCAAUUUCGACGAGGAACUGUAUCUGAAUCCGGAAUCGUUCCAACCAUCACGAUUUCUCAAUCAAGAUGGCAUCCUCGUCAACCCUGAACACUUCAUCCCGUUCGGGAUCGGCAAGCGGUCAUGUUUGGGGGAAGCACUUGCGCGCAUGGAACUGUUCAUUAUCGCCACUACUCUCUUGCAAAAUUUUGAAUUUUCUGCCGCUCGUGGUAUGUUGAUAGGUUUUUACAUCUCAAGUUAA